CGUCGUUCACGCUUCCUGUCCACAUGAAGACCCUGCAUUGAGGCCGUGGUCAAAUCCUGCCAGCUGGCCCAGCGGAAUGACUCCCAGCUUUAUGGAGGAAGUGAAGGUGCAUACAGCUAUUUUGUUGGAUAUCACCCCGCCAACCUUAACAAGUGUGACAAUAUCUCAUGGUGGUAGACUGGUAUGGAAACCCACGGGGAGUGUCAACCUGACCGUGGGCUUUCUCCUCGUACAGGGGCGGAUGGACAUCGGAUCGGAGGACUGCAAGUAUGGUGGUAGGACUAUCAUCACCAUUACAGGUAAGCGUGGUGACUAUGACGUAAUUGGUUUUGGAGAGAAGUUUAUCGGUGUGGACAGUGGUGGUAUACUUGAACUUCAUGGAAGGGAGAAGGUGUCCUGGACAAAGCUUAACAGAACUGUGCCCAAACUAACGCAGGGGCACGGAUAUGUCUACAGUCAUAAGGAAAGUCAUCUAUGGAAGAAAGACGAUUGGAUGGAAGGUUUAGGAGCCUAUGUAAUUGAUCCAAUGACAGAUGAAGUGGAGGCGUUCCGAAUGUUCUAUCUGAGUGGCAGGAAUGAACAGAUGACGAACUAUCACAUUCGGGAUGUACGGCCGUUCUUGAAAGGUACACAUUUCGCAUGUUUCAGAACAGGUCGAUG